CACGGCUGAGCUUGCACAAAGCAUCAUAUUCCAUCAUGAAUUUUUAACCUAUUUAUCUUACAAGCAUCUAAGCCAUUUACUGGAGUUUACUGAUACUCGUUACACACAAUUUUCAUCUUUCCUUUGGUCGCAUACACCUGCCGCAAGCCACGACAGUUCCCAAGAAAUAGCCCGCCUCCUAAUAGCUUUAACGCCUGUUCGCGCUGCUGCACUCUUCGGAUACUUUGUCUCUCUCUUACCUACAAAAGGAAACAAUUACUACGGUGGAAUUUAUCUUUCGGCGCUAGUUACGGGCGUAUACAGCCUUUUAAAAGCAACACCCGCAUUGACCUGACUGGUACAUGCCACCUUGCUUUUUCCAGGGAGAAUCGCUAUUUCGCCUAAGCAAGCCCUGCAUACCACAAGAAAUUUAGCGCAGUGGGAAAUUGGCGACUCGAAAAAAGAAAGAUAAAUCACACCGUCUUACUAUUCCGAUGAACAGCUGCAUCAGCCAUCCAUAAUGUCCGAGCUGCCUUCGUAUGAACAGGUCACAACCAAGCAGGACUGGCUGGAAAUAGCCGCCACAUACGUACAUCCCCGGGAUUACACUGCGCUAUGCCGAACUAGCCGACGAUGCUGGAACAUAUUUGCUCCGAGGCUCUGGCAGAAUAUACUGUGUUCUGCACAUUUGCGUAACCUAGACCUUGAAGGUGAUUGCUUGUGGUGGCUCCGCUUGGUCGAAAAAAAGCUACCGCAUGUUUGGCCAGAUACACGGGCCUUAGCCAAGGUUCUGGAUCUUCGAUUGUUUUCGAAGCAUGCGUACUCGUUUGCAACGGACCAAAACGCACGCCUCGUGCGGAGCGUCCGCGAUGCGAUCAGGCUUCUACCAAAUAUCAACGUAUUGAUAUUUGAUAAUCACGCCGAGAUUGACCCUGGUCCACUUGUCCAACUCCCUAAUGACCACUCUCGCCCGUUGUUACUGAGUCUUGAUGGGUGCAGUGUGCCUUUGCCCAACACGUUUUACUCUUCCCCUUCGCUUUGCAUGCUCGCCUAUCUUGAUAUAUCCAAUACACCGGGCACAAUAUCACCAAUAAUAUCUCGUGGGGUUUUCUCGGACUUGCGCAUUUUGAAAUUGCGUGGGAAAGAAGUUGACGAUGUAACAUUUGCCAGCCUAUGCCAGCUGUAUAAGCUCAGACUUUGGAGCCUAGACGUCUCAAACAACAAACUCACGGACGCCUCUAUCCUUAUACUUGCACAAUAUUGUUUCCCACCAACAUCUCCUAGGUCUACUGACAGAUUUGCAGUAGAAGGUGCUCUGUCAAAUCCAGGUAUUGGCUUACCAGAAUACGGAUUCUUUUACUUUAUCGAAGAAUCGUAUUGGAGCUACGCCUACUGUCACCCUAAUCGAUAUAUAAUGGAUUCUUCCGUUCUCACCACUCAGUUUAGUGAAGCUUCACAAAGCCAGGUUGCUAGGUCAGAUAUGAGAGAUAUCUGCAAGUUGGACACCCUUGACGCCGCUGUGCAUGUACUGUGCCAACAGUCGUCCAAGUACGAUACUUCUGAGAGAUACCGCAUCGCCCGAGGCCUCACACAUAUUACACUGUCUCGAAACCAAAUUUCUGCUUCAGGGUUGGAACAGCUAGUCCGCAUGUCCAAUGGCCAGUUAGAACAUCUUGCAUGCGAUCAGAUGCCGUUUCUUGGUAGGUCAGUGGCAAUUGAGAAGCACUGGCCCAAAACGGCUCGCCUAUAUGGCUGUGUGGGUGCAGCUUACAUAUUUCGCCCUGUUUAUUCGUGCAACAUUCGAUCUUUACGUAUACACCAUUCGUUGAUUACCAAUAUUCCAACGUUGACGAUGGAUACACUGUCGAGCUUGGCAUGUCUCUUUGUGGCAGAAACACAGAUCCUCGCCCGUGUAGAUCGUGCCUAUCCAGAGCCAUUCGUACCUGACAUGAAUCCUCGUCUGGAAUCCCUUACUUUGACCUGUGUCCCACGAAGAUCCUCAGGCCCCUUGAUUACAAAGCUGUUGGAGUUUCUAAGAUUGCUGUCAAGACAAGAGCAAACCAUACAAGCUAGCCGGGCUGGCUCCCCAACUGGAUCAUCUGGCAUGCUGAAGGGUUUGAGACGUUUACGCCUUGAAUUUGAACCAGAUGUCCAUGAAGAAGGUGUAUCAACAGCGGAGGAGCUAGAUCCUGCUGAGCUGCUCCGCAGUGGCGAACCUCGAUUCAGCUUUUUUGAGACAGAAAGCUCGGGCAGGGUAUCACCGCAAGCGAAAGCCAAAGCCACCAAGAAGACUUUUGAUGGUAGCAAUAGCCUAGCUUCUGAAGCUAUACAAAACCCCCAGGCAUUGGACCGAGACAAUAGAGAGUUUGUGAGUUAUGAUUGCAACUGGAAUGGACAAGUUUAUCAGGUUUGGGUUUGGGUGGGGAGCGCAGCGGCCGACGCUAAUCCCAUCGUCAAAGACUAUCGGCAACGUGUCUUUGAAGAAAACGCUCGAGGAGGCGUCGGACCAGUUACUCCCGCGCAGAUUUUAGCUGGAGUCCCUCAUAAAGCGUUGAUUUUCCACUCAGCGUGGCGUCUUGCCAUCAUGCCACGACGGGUAACUGCCCCGUCGUUGGCUGAACUGACUGGAAUGCAAGACGUCCUCGCUGCACUCAAGGCGUAUCGUCGCGCUGGACGCGCCAGAUUGGCGUUGGCCAGACAGAACAGCACUCUACCAAAAUCGGGUUCUGUGGGAGAACCCCAUUAUUUCUGGUCUGGUCAAUUAGAGGUCUCAACGCAAGAGGCGUUGCCUCACGCGCGUUCAGAGCAAUACUGGAGAUGAUAAGCCAAGCCAGGGUCCCCAAUGGAUUAGACGGUGGCGCUUCCACCCCCAAAAGACUUCUUUUGCACAUGUAUCAGAUGUUUUCUCUCUAAUUGAUGUUGUUCAAGUGGCGUUGUUGGCAGUUGUCGCCACAACAGCAAGCGAUUUUUGCUUGGCCAACCCAACGACGGCAGUUGCUCUCUGAAGCACGCGAUUGACUCAAAGGCAACGCAGAAAGAGGAAAUAGUGUAGGCGAGCAACGCCGAUUCCGUGUCUCCCUGUACGGAAAUAGUCACGAAUCGACCUGGCCCGUAGACACAGAUAUGAGGAACAAGGUGCUAACCUUGGGGGUGAUGAUUGCUCAUCACGGCAUCUCCCGAGGAAGGCCAAGGUGUGCAGAUAGAAAAUCGACAAUGCAUGCUACAUCCCGUCUUAAUACGUCUACCCUACUCACUCCAGAUGACUACAAUGGACGGGUAAACCGAGCCUUGGUCUUUGGAUAGGAAUUCUGCUUAGACCCUUUGGGACUAGAUCUUCCUCGCUGGCGAUGUCUCAGAAAUAGGAUUUUCCGGCCCAUCAAUGGCUAGUGGGAUACUACGAGAUGGGACUUUGCCACUUUUAGCCAUUGGGAACUAAGUCCAGCCGAGCCGCCUUUAUGGAAUUUCGCCACCGGGGAACCUACGCGGCGGUUGAGCUCGGCUUUUUGCUAAACAUCCACGGCACCAGGCGAUUGGUUACGCAGAGAGACACUGUAAGACACCAGCGUUGACUCAACAUGGGACGUCUUGCGAUACCGUAUCGGAACGUUGCUCUAUUUGGAAACGUUUUCUUCGAUAAACUAUGGUCGUCAAAAACGUGCUUGAGCUUGUCGUGAUAUUGCCAGUAUCUACAUUCACUUGAUAGCUGGCCAAGGGAAUAACAUAAAUUCUUGAAUAUACAACGACAGCAUUAGGAUAUUUGUAACAAAUAACUUCUGGUGAUUCAUGAAAGUAGUGAUUAAUUAGAUGAAACUAAACAAGUUGUACUGAAUAGAGAGCUCACUAAACCAGAUCCUCUGUACCAC